ACGGUGCAUUGUUGAGGGGAAGCGCCAGUGCGCCACGCGUCUCCAGGUCGCUGUCUGUGUCACAAGCCGCGCCAAUGUGGAGACAUGGACAGAGAAGACAGAGGCAGAAGCGACAGGGUGAUCCACAGCAAGAUAAAGACAGGAGAAGCUGAGGAGGCUCUGCAUCAGUGCCAGCUCAUCCAGAACCUGGUGGACAUUUCCAUCUCCAGUCUGCAGGCUCUCAGGACCAGAUGCGCCGCAGCCAACGACCUCACACAGCACGAGAUCCGCACUUUAGAGGUGAAGCUAACCAAGUACAUUUGGACGCAGCUGCAGUGGAAGCAGAGGAUACCAGAGAGGGAGAGCCUUCAAGCUCUGCGUAGAUACCCAAGACUGGAGGACUGGCUCCUAACAGCUGACCUCACACCAGAAUUCAUACAGGCUGCAGCAGGAAAGAUCUCAGUUGACGGGUUGCUGCAGAUGUCCAGCUCUGAGUUGCAGGACACGAUGCGACGCCUGGGCUCCAACUCAGAAGAUCGUUCUCGCCUCACUGCCGCCCUCUCCUGUCUGAAGAGUGCUAAUGAAACAGGAGGUGACCCGAGGCCCAACUCAGGCUCCUGCAGCUCUGAGCCCCAACAGGACAGUGAUGCAUUCUCUCCCAUUCGCCCACCCUCCAGCUCUAAUAGUUCCCCCAAACCUGUGCAGCCCACCAGCACCCAUGGCCGCUCCAUCUCCAUAUCAGCUGUACCUUUUUCAGAAGAACAGAGACCUUGUAUAUUAACUGAGGAUGCCUUCGCCCCAGAGCCAAGCACUCCUCCAGCCACUCGAGCCUCAAAGACGCGCACUGCCAAGCCCUGCAACACACCACCGGCAUCUUCCCGCAAACUGCUGCAGCUCCUCCCCAACAUCGCACUGACAAGAAGCAAGAGUCAUGAGUCACAGCUGGCCAACCGCAUUGAGGAGCCUGCUACACACAAAACCUGUAAGAAGAACAAAGUGCUGGGAGCAAUUCAUAUCAAUGGCUAUGGGUUCAGUCCUGAGGACUCAGCGCUGCGCUCUCCCCUGCUGUCCGCCCGAACACCUGGCCCUGUCCCAGCCUCAGCCCCAUACAUGAUGCCUGCCACACCCAACCUUCUGGAGGGUGUGACCAUGCACAGGAGUUCCCCUCAGACAAUAAGGAGAGACAUUGGCCUGGCUGUAACACACAGGUUCUCAACCAAGUCCUGGCUCUCCCAGACGUGCCAAGUGUGUCACAAGAGCAUGAUGUUUGGUGUCAAGUGCAAACACUGCAAGUUAAAGUGCCACAACAAAUGUACCAAAGAUGCUCCCUCAUGUAGGAUAUCAUUUCUCACAUUGCCAAGGAUGCGGAGGGCAGAAUCAGUGCCAUCUGAUAUCAAUAACCGGAUUGAUCACACAGCAGGGAUCCCACUGCAGUUUGGUACUUUACCAAAAGCAAUAACCAAAAGGCAGGAGCCUAUUCCCAGUUUAAGCCAGCUGGACUCCAGCAGUAACCCAUCAUCAGCCACCUCCUCCACACCUUCCUCUCCUGCACAUUUCCAACAGAAUAACCCCCCAAGUGUCAGUGCCACCCCUCCACCCAACCCGUCACCGCCAGGCUCUCGAGACAGCCGCUUCAACUUCCCAGAUGUUCCUGCAGCCACAUACACUGCUGUUCAACACUCUGGCAACUACCAUGAGUCUGGAGUGUCACAGGUGGCCGUCACUGAGACACAGCUGACUGCAGUAAAGCAAGGAGGGGAGAAGGAGGCAGAGAAAGACUACCCAGCUGAGGAUGAGGAAGCAGCUGACCAGUGCGGCAGAAAAAAGAACUUUUCCACUGAGGAGGCUGAUGAGGAUGGGCUGGAGGACCUGCCUUCUUCCAUAUGCCGUCGCGGUGCAGUUGGCCGCUGGAGGGGCCCCAUCUCUCGUAAGGCCAGCCAGACCAGCGUCUACCUGCAGGAGUGGGACAUCCCGUAUGAGCAGCUGCAGCUGGGAGAACUUAUUGGCAAGGGUCGCUGGGGGAAGGUGCAUAAGGGUCGCUGGCACGGUGAGGUUGCCAUUCGCCUAAUGGAGAUUGACGGCAACAACCAGGAUCACCUGAAGCUCUUCAAGAAGGAGGUGAUGAACUACAGGCAGACCAGACAUGAGAAUGUCGUCCUCUUUAUGGGCGCCUGCAUGGCUCCACCACACCUCGCCAUCAUCACUAGUUUCUGUAAAGGUGUGACUCUGUACUCUGUUGUAAGAGAAAGAGGUCACAUGCUUGACAUCAAUAAAACCAGACAGAUUGCACAGGAAAUUGUAAAGGGAAUGGGUUAUUUGCAUGCCAAAGGCAUCAUUCACAAGGAUCUGAAGUCUAAGAACGUGUUCUGCGACACAAACAAGGUGGUCAUUACAGACUUUGGCCUGUUUGGAAUGUCUGGAGUGGUGCAAGAAGGCAGAAGAAAGAAUGUGUUGCGGAUCCCUCAGGGUUGGCUCUACUACCUUGCUCCAGAGAUUGUUCGAAAAAUGAGUCCAGAGGUCGAUGAGGACCAGCUGCCUUUCUCCAAAGCUGCUGACGUUUAUGCAUUUGGCACAAUCUGGUAUGAGCUGCAGGUUGGAGAUUGGCCAAUCACCAAUCAGCCUGUGGAAGCUAAAAUCUGGCUAAUUGGCAGCAAUGAGGGCAUUAAGAAGGUGCCUGCAGAGGCCAACCUGGGCAAAGAGGUCACGGAGAUCCUGUCUGCCUGCUGGGCCGCUGAGGCAGACAACAGGCCGACCUUCCCCCAGCUGGCAGGCAUGUUGGAGAGGCUCCCCAAACUGAACCGCAGGCUGUCUCACCCUGGACACUUCUGGAAGGCAACUGAGCCGUGGGAUCAUCAUCACUGCCCGAGAGAUCACUGCCAUCAGGGUCUACAUGCACACUGUCCAUGCAUGUACAAAUACAGCAGCUGAGAGGCAACGGUCCUUUUUAAAACUGCAGUUGUAUUUGGAUUUGACUCUUAAUCUUGGCUUGAGCAAAUAUUGACAAUCAAAUUUAAAAGAGGAGUUGUUAUCUGGUGUUAACAUUUGAUUUGUGUCUGUAUUGAUGAGCAUUCUUGUUAUUUUGAUUCAGCCCACAUGUGAUCAAAUCUCAAGAUACAGGUUAUGUGGGCAGUGCAGGUGGACUGUGUGUGACAUGUCUGUCAACAGAAGGGAUGUAGUCAGCUAAGACAUGCAAGGGGAGGUUCAUGUCACAGAUGGAGCCACUACGUCUCUGUACUCUGUCUAAGUAGGAUAAUGCAACUUAAAAUGUUAGAAAUUUUGUAGCACACAUCAGUCGUAAAAAUAUCAUGAAAAUCAUGUUAAUGUCACAUUAGCUGCUGUCUCCAUUCUCCCUUUUUACAUGUCAGGCAGUUUAGCAUUUUCUUGUUGUUACCUGGGUGCCAACUGGCUCCUCCCACUUCCAAACCAUGAGCUGUUGAAGCUCUCUAUAAAUGUAAAUCUUUAUAUCUAUUUGUAUGUCAGUGGACAGUGAUUCAUCCUCAACGCAGUAAGGCUGCUGGUUUCAGCUGUUACUGGGCUAUGACUCCUCCUAAUUAUUGGAGAGGUAAAAUAGCAUGAUUCCAAGGUUCCCAACAAAUGGUUUAGAUUUAAAGGCUGGUUCACCCAAAAUUGUAAAAAAAUAUUAUAUUUUCAUCCAGCUAUAGUGCUAUCUAUCAGUGCAGAUUUGUUUUAUUAAGGUAUUGAAGUUGCUGUUAAAUUUUUAGCCACACUAACGACGUAGCUCCAGCAAUGGCACGUCCACCACUACCGUUGGAUGGAUUGCCAUUAAAUUUCAUUCAGACAUUUAUCACCUGAUUUGGAUGUUUUUAGCCCAUUAAAUGGUCGUCCAUCUGUUUUCUUUGGGGGUUUUUAGCCUCAUAGAUAUGGGUGACUAUUACAGUAGGUUCAGAGGCUGUUGUCAGCCCGUAAAAUAGCUGUUUGCACAUCGUCAUGUCAUGCUAGCUUGUCGUGAAGGGGGCUAAUAAUGCUCCAAAUUUAUUCUUAAGGAAAAACUGACACAGCCAUUUUCUAGGGUUCCUUGACCUCUAACCUCAAGAUAUGUGAAACAAAAUUGCUUUUAUGGGUACCCAAAAGCCUCCCCUCUACAGCCAUGCCCUCUUUAUGGUAAUAUCAUGCAGUUUUUUUAUGCAGGAUAAAUGUGUUAACUGCGUCUAUUCUAAAAAUGGUGUAUUGAAUGUGUCUGCAAACUGGGCUUCCUAAACAGUCUUAAAAUUGCAUAAAUUUGUUAUGACUGGAAAGCUGAGACUCCUGUGGAUUCCCAGUUGUAUUCAUGUGUGAUGAUGUGGGCCCCUUAGUAACCAUUACAUGUAGUGAAUCCAUUUUUUGCAAAUUAACCUCACUGUAUAUGAAAUCCAUGACACUUUACAACCACAAACUUGAGUCCUAGGGCCCUCAGAGGACUUCUUCGCUGACACCUCUGCAAUUUCCACAACAGCAGAACUCGCCAUCCCAUCACAGAAAAAUGCAGUCCUUAGAGAAAUCUCCAAAUGUCCAAAGUUUUUGAUAUUAAAUCACAGCAUGGAUUUGUUCUAUGGUGUUCCUCAAGGUCUCAGUGCCCUAAAGUGGUAUUUUCUUAAUGUGGUUUCUCUAAGGGUCAAACUUGACUUGUUCCCAGUUAAUGUUUUGUUCCUUACAAUCAAUGUACUCCUUCAAAUUAGGGCGGUAGAUUUGUCUUUUUAAGGAAAGGGACAACAAGCAUAUUUGAAGAAUACACUAAAACAGGAUUGUUGUUGAACUCAAAAUGUUACCUCUAUACCCAUAAUAUAUAGACUGAUUAGCAAUGUUUAUUUACAAUAACAUCCUCAAGUCACAUACGUUAAAAUGAAAUGUCGCUGAACAAACGCUGCCUCAAUUAGUUAAUUUUUAGCCACCUAUAAAAAAUCCCCCACAAAAAAAAUCAAUAUCAGUUUACGCUAUAUUUAGAACAUUUUCACUGCUUCACCUUGCUGACAGACAAUCUUGUCCAACAGAUAACUGAAGCCAUUAUAUCAAAGCCACAAGAGUCCACUGAUAAAAACAGUAAUUUAUGUAGCAGAACACAGAGUUGCUGGUCUAACGCGUGGGCAAUGUGGAAGGUAAAGUGGAGGAAAUAUUCAAAAGUAUGAUAGUGAUAUUAGUUUUUUUCAGGUGGCCAAAAUUUUUGUUGCGGCCAUAUCAACAGCAGUACAUUGUUUAGCUUUUGUGCUGAUAGAGUUGGUUGAUCAAAGACGAUAACAGUACGUAAAAUAAGCACAGCAAAAACAUCAGGUAGGUUGGACCACCACAUUUAACUAUAUCUCCUCAAACGUUACAGUUACAGCUGAAAAUGACAACAGAAAUCAAUAAGUGUGCUGAUUUUACAUGUCUCCACAACUGUAAUCAAUUGCUACUUUUCUACCCAGAAGUGAUUGUUGUUGUUAGAAAUCAAAAGCAUAUCAGUAUGCUAUCCCUUAACAUAGUUUUCAGCUACUUCAACCACAUAAUAGAAUUUCUGAAAUUCAGUUAUGACUUUUGGUUUUAGUGUGCCACCCCAAGAUUUUCAGUGGCUCCAUCUGGCCACACCUAUGUGUAUGAAAAAUUCUGGAGGUGCCACUGUCUCCUGUACUUUGCUUUAUGACUAAAUACCUGCAAAACUAAUGCAAUUGUCAUCAGCCUCAGCUGUGUUUUGUGCUAAUCAGCAAAUGGUAGCAUGCUAACAUAACUAAGAUGAUAAAAAUACAACAUAUUGGACGAACAAUAGCAUGUUAGCAAUGUCAUGGUGAGAAUCUAGCAUUUAGGGAGCGCACAAUUAAGUACAGCUUUACAGAGCUUCCAGCAUGGCUGACACUUGGUUUGUAAACUAUAAUAUUCAAUGUUGUGAGCAUCACAAAGGAAUGUGCCAGUCCCCUCCACUGUAUUGUGGUAAAUCUCAGAGACAGAGAUCUCCUACUUGGACAAAUCAAAACCAAUAUCUGCAUGGAGGGAUACCAAAAGAGCGAAUGAGAAAAUAUGAAUAUUUGUAAUUGGGGUGAACUGAUCCUUUUAGGAGUGUACUUCCCAAAAAUAUAAAAACAAUAUUUAUUGUAUUUUGGUUGUAUUAUAUGAGCAAAAUGAGACUCAUUGACCCCCUGUGUGACACUGCCUUAUGCUGUACUGCAAAAAUACCUGCCAUGAUGUAUGAAACAGCCCUUUAUAUACAGACAUUAAUGAAAAGCCAGUUUUAAUGACUAUGUCAGGGCAGCUUUGGCUUUUUGUUGCUGUAACAAGCAGAUACAACUGUCACACGACAUUCUGUUUCAAUGAGUCAUACAUCAUUAAUGAAUUUGAUAGCAUACCACUGAGUGAUAUCUCCUACACUGACAUUUCAUGUUCAGUCUUACUUUGACUCCUGGCAGGAGAACAAUGAGCUGAGGGCAAUACUGGAAAUAAUGGUACAGUAUAAAGAAACUUAUGAUAUUGCCACAGGUGUGUGUAUUUCCUGUGUGCACUCUUGCACCGCAUGUUGGUGAACAGUGUGUGUGUGUGUGUGUGUGUGUGUGUUGUUUCCUCAGGCAGGAGUGCAAUGUACGCUGAGUGAAUGUAAGAGGCUUCAGCAGCAUGAUCUUGAUCAUGAUGAAACAAUGAUCCAUACAUAUAUGUAUAUACAGUGCUGGAGGUUGUAUUUAAUAUACAGUGUUUGUACAAGGGUUUCAGUUUUAGAGCAUUUGAAUCAGUACUUCAGUCACAUUCAUGUAUAGAUUGCAGAUACUGUGUUGGUUGAUUUGUGUUUUGUUUCUUUACCUUUUUUAUUUCUGUUUUUUUUUUUUAGGGUUGAGGUUUAAUCUGUAGAGUAUUUUUGUACAGGACGUGUUGAUACUUUGUAAGCUUCUAUUCUGACUAACUACAGAUAUUAAAGCUGAUCUCCAGUGA